AUGUCAGAAAUUCUCGUCGGGGAGUACCUGUUCCGCCGUCUUCGUGAGCUUGACGUAGGAACACUCUUUGGAGUUCCUGGGGACUACGAACUUGCGCUGCUCGAUCUACUUGAGCCAGAAGGUCUCUCCUGGGUCGGCACACCCAACGAGCUGGUCGGAGCCUAUGCGGCCGACGGAUAUGCUCGCGAGAAGGGCUUCGGUGCUCUGGUGACUACAUUCGGUCCCGGCGAGCUGAGUGCAUUAUGUGGCAUCGGAGGUGCUUUCUGUGAGCACGUUCCCAUCCUGCACAUCGUAGGGUACCCGACCAGACAGGCACAGGGUAAUGGACGGAUCUACCAUCACACAUUGGGUGACCUGCGUUAUGACCACUUCGUCACAAUGUCGGGGGAGUUGAGCUGCGCGACGGCUGUACUUGAGGAUGCACAAACUGCAGCCAGCGAGAUUGACAGGGUGAUCAACGCAAUGCUCUACUAUUCACGACCUGGCUACAUUGGAAUCUCCGAGGACAUUGCUUAUUCCAAAAUUCCCCUUUCAUCUCUUGACACCAAGCUCGUAACAACCCUCCCGCCAGGGAAUGUCAACGUCGAAAACUUGCUCAUUGAGAAAAUCCUCACUCAGCUGUCCGCAGCCAAGCAGCCAGUUCUCCUGGUUGACGGAGGUGCUGCCCGCUCAAGCUGGGCCAAGUUUGUUCCCAGUCUCAUGGAUGCUCUCAAGGUUCCUGUCCUUACGACGCUCCUAGGCAAGGGAGCUGUCGAUGAAUCGAGCCCAUACUACGUCGGUGGGUACGUCGGCGGCACUUCUCUGCCAGAGGCCAAGGAGAUCGUAGAGACUGCAGACCUUGUGCUCUGGCUCGGGAGUUUGCCCUCCGACUGCAAUACAGCUGGGUUUUCUGUCCACUUGGGGCACGGCGCCACUGUUGUGGAUUUCCAGAGAUUUUGUACCAAGUUCAACGAGGAAAGCUUUGAGUCGAAGAUCACGCAAAUACUGCCUAAGUUGACGGCGGCAAUCAGAGCAGAUGAUGGGCUGGCUGGACGUACACGCCGCAUCAAGCAACAGCAGGCCCAAGAGAUUCCCACACCCACGAGCAUCACUCAAGAUUACCUAUGGGCUCGGAUCUCCUCCUUCAACAGCCCUGGCGAUCUCGUCAUUACAGAGACUGGUACAUCACAAUUCGGCUUCAACUCCGUUCUUAUUCCUCCUGAUGUAAAGGUGUGGACGCAGGCUGUUUGGGGAAGUAUCGGGUAUGCUGCCGGUGCGGCUGUAGGACUUUCCAUCGCAGCCAAAGAGAUGGGUCAUUACAAGCGAAUUGUGCUGUUCACGGGCGAGGGGAGCCUUCAAAUGACAGUACAGGCUCUGUCCAUCUUGAGCCGACAUGGUAUUACACCUGUCGUUUUUAUUCUCAAUAACAAGGGAUACACGGUGGAGAGGUAUUUCAAUGGCAUGAAGGCUGCAUACAACGACGUUCCCAUGUGGGACUACACCGCCAUCUUUCGAGCUCUGGCGACCGAAGUAGAUGUGAAGACAUUCUGUGUGGGAAAGACGAAGGACCUUGACUCGUUAUUGUCAGACGAGGCAUUUCAGAAAGCAGGUUAUGCUCAGUGUGUUGAAUUGCUUCUCGAGGCCGACGACCUUCCAACCACUAUGCGAGCUUUUUAUAAGAGCAUAAAGCAGUGACAAAGUAGCCAACCAAGUCUAUUGAAACAUCAAGACGUGAAGAAGGCGGCAAACCAUUUUACAUGAUUGCAGAUGGGGCUGAAGGAGCGGUGAGAAUUUGGUGAUAGCUUAACGAUAGCUCCAAACUUUAACUC